UAGUCACGUGGUCCGCAGGAGGUAAAGCUGAACAGUGACUAAUAAUUUCUUGACCUGCUUAACGGCAGGAAUUGGACUUGCUGUCUUCAGUUUCAUAUCUCCAAUAAUGCAGGGAGAGGACUUUGAGUCUUUUCGAGGCCCACACCACAGAUAAACGCCGGUUCAAUGGCAUCCCCCUCAGCAAAAGAACUCGGCGCAGUCGGCCCUGUUGAGGGGACUUUAGGGGGAAUGCCUGGGGCCCGACUACCUCCUCGACCGCAUCACCCGUCCCCAUCGACUGCAGUGCCAUCGCCAGGAUCUCUAAUGGUGGAAUCGGUGGACGAUGCCGAGGGUCUCUAUGUAGCUGUUGAGCGGUGCCCUCUCUGUAACACAGCUCGACGUAGACUGACCUGUGCCCGAUGUAUUCAGAGUGGCGAUUUUAUUUACUUUGACGGUAGAAAUCCUGAACGUUACAAGGAAAAAUUGGAAAGACUAAAAGCGCUCAAAGAUGAAAAAGAAAAUCUUCAACAAAGAGUUAUCCAAGCCAUGGACAAGAAGAUUCAGGCAGACCAGCUUAAAUGGAAGAUCAUGUCCUGCAAGAUGAAGAUCGAACAGAUGAAAGAGGCCAUAUCUAAUGGAAACGAGGAAGUGAAGAGUGGUAAAGACCUGCUGGUGCGCUCGCAGGAGGAGAGCCAGCGUCUGCAGCGGCGGGCCAGCCGGCACCAGGAGAAGCGGGACAAGAUCGAGCGGCACAACCGGCGGCUGGCUGAGCUGCUGGAGCGGAGGGGACGUGAACUACAGGGCCGGCUGGAGGCGCUGGCCGAGGUGCGGCGGGGACACAUCCUGGAGCUCAUCACACACAUCUUCUCCAUGCAGGAGGAGAAGCAGGGCAGCAGAGACCCGGCUGAUGUGGCUGCAGAGAGUGACCUUGCCCUGACCUCCAGCACGGUGAGCGAGCUAGCAGAGGCGCGCCGGACCACCUACCUGUCCGGCCGCUGGAUCUGGGACGACCAGAAUGGAGAGACCAGCAUCAGCAUCACCGGCCCCCACGUCACGCUGCCCAGCAACGGAGACUGUUCCGCCUACUACGGCUGGGUGGAGGAGAAGAGCACCACCCAAGGCCCAGAGCUGGAUCACAUUAACCCUGCCCACUCCAUCAGUGCGGCCCUGUGCUACGCCACCCAGCUGGCCAACAUCCUCUCCCACAUCCUGGACGUCAACCUGCCCAAGAAACUGUGCAACAGCGAGUUCUGUGGCGAUAACUUGAGCCGCUACAGAUUCACACGUGCCCUCACCAAACUCAACACCAACAUCCUGCAUCUCUGUUUCUCCCAGCAUGUUGAAAGUGAUCUCCUGCAUCCUCAUCACACCCUGAGGAAUAUCAUGUUUCUGGUCUCCCCUGAAAAUAAGGACCUCGGCAGAACGGGUCCGUUUGAGGCCAGCGCUGACCUGGAGGAGUCCAUGGAGUUUGUGGAGCCGGAGGCAGCCGGGCCAGCCGAGGAGAGUGGCGACGAGGCGCCCAGCGACGAGGAGACGGACCUGGGCACAGACUGGGAGACGGUGCCCAGCCCGCGCUUCUGCGACAUCCCCUCGCAGCCCAUGGAACUCUCGCAGAGCACAGCCAUGCAGGCGUCGCAGCCGUCGGGCAACGCCGGGGGCAUGAUCUCCUCGGCCGCCGCCUCCGUCACCUCCUGGUUUCGCGCCUACACCGGCCAGCGCUGAACCGGACGGUCACCGAAUCAGCUGAUGCUGUAGCUAUGCAAAAAAAAAAAAGAGAAAAUACUCAACAAAGGAAAAAAAAAAGA